UGUUGCUUUCUUUUCUUUCCCCCGUGCCUUUUUGAGCCAGUGAGCUGCAGGGUAGGUGGGCUGCUGUCCUGCAGAAGGGCCACGUGUGCGUGUCAGCGGUGUGGGGGUUGAGUGGGGGCACACAGUCAGAAAAGACUGCAUGUGUCGCCACACUCAGACGGGGGAGGGAAUAUUCUGCAUGGAAACAGAAUGGUGCAGCAGCUCUGGGGGUCUGUGUAGAGGCAGUACAAUAGACCCAAACCUCUUGCUUUCUUUUUAAGAGCUGAUACUCUGAUAUUGGCUUGUAACAAAGUGGGUUCUGCGCUGUAUCAUCAGUAGGUGGUGUGUGCUUGCAGGCUGUCUGCAGACAGCGUUCUGCCCCCAGCACUGCUGGGCAGACUCACAGCGCCUGACACCUACUGCUCCCCAGCUCUGAACCAUACAGCUCAUCUUUGGGGGUGUCACUGCACCGUGCAUUGUUCUGCAUCCAACAGCUCCACCAGAGGGGCCGUAAAAGCCAACCAAACAUCUCUCUUACUAGCUUAUUUGUGGGGGAAAAUUGAUGUCCUGGGCACAGGCUUCUGUAUGCUCAGUGUAACGGUGGUGUUCUGGUGACCCUUCCAAACUGUGAGCUAAGCUCUCAUGUCCCACUGUUCCCCUUCCAGUGGAGGAAUGACUGAGACCAGAGUACCUGCAGGUGUGGCCGCUUCGGUGUGUGCAGAUAGAACUGCUGUCAUCCAGAAGGUGCUCUGAGCUGGAAAAGAGGACUGAGGUAUACAGCAGUAAGAAAAACAGUAUGAUGGGUUCAGAAGGCUUUUCCCCAGGAAGUUCAGAGGAAGAUCCAAGCAGUGACGUUACGGCUACCUCUAGCAAACAUUACCUGUGUGGUUACUGUGCGGCCUUCACAAACAUAGCAGUUACUUUUCCCAUCCAGAAGGUCCUCUUUCGACAGCAGCUGUAUGGUCUGAAAACAAAGGAUGCAAUACAUCAGCUGCAGAAAGAUGGAAUUCGAAAUCUCUACCGUGGCAUCCUCCCACCCUUAAUGCAGAAGACGACCACGCUGGCUCUCAUGUUCGGCUUGUAUGAGGAUUUCUCCUCCUUGCUCCACAGCCACACGACUGCUCCUGAGCUCCUGACACGCAGCAUGGCAGCAGUGCUUGCAGGGACCACAGAAGCUGUGCUUACUCCUUUUGAGCGAGUGCAGACUUUGCUUCAGGACUACAAACACCACGAUAAGUUCACAAACACAUACCAGGCUUUCAAGGUACUGAAAGUCUACGGGAUGAAAGAGUACUAUCGGGGAUUGGUGCCUAUUCUGCUCCGCAAUGGGCCCAGUAACGUACUCUUCUUUGGCCUCAGAGGACCUAUCAAACAAUGUCUGCCUGAAGCAACUUCUUACAGCACUCAUUUGGUCAAUGACUUCAUUUGUGGAGGGCUGCUGGGUGCCAUGCUGGGAUUCUUGUUCUUCCCGAUGAAUGUUGUAAAAGCUCGCAUGCAAGCUCAGAUCGGUGGUGAAUUUCAGUCCUUCUCGACAGUUUUUGUGAAGAUCUGGCUGGAGCGUGACAGAAAAUUGAUCAAUCUUUUCAGAGGAGCCCAUCUGAAUUACCAUCGUUCAGUCCUGUCCUGGGGCAUAAUCAAUGCAACUUAUGAGUUCUUGCUAAAGCUGUUAUGAAAAACUCUUAUUUUCUUCGUCCCUUCUAUUCAUUUGUUUUUUUUGCCAUAUUUGAUGAUGCUUGAUCCCUGGGAGCAGUGCCUGCAUGGUGUGAAGGGCAUUUAGUCUCGGCCUUCACUGCACAUGGGGUGAAUGGUGAUACAUCCAAACCUUGGUGCAAUUACGAGUAGCUUCUUAAAUUAUUUAUUUGCUGGCAGGUGGACUUACCCAUAAUGAAACUACUAGACAAAUAGAUAAAAACAAAACCAAAAAACCACAGACUCAUCUGUCAGUCCAGUGGCUAAUUCAGUAUCACUCCCAGAAGUUCCUAACACUCCGUGACCGAGUGCACUCCACUGUGUACCUUGUAGAACAUGAAAGUCAGGGGGAGGCUGAUGGAAAUUCAUUCCCUUGUUUGAUGAACUUCAGAAUGCUGACGUAAGGUUACGUUCUCAGAUAGAGGUAGGCUCCUGAGUGCUCACCGUUGCUCGUGGCCAAAUGGACAUCAACUCCAGAGGAGGAUGACAGAGUUCCUGAGUUCUGUGCUUAAACAAAGCCUAUGCCAAGUCUCCUGCUGGCCUCUUGGAUGCUCGGCUUCAGGCAGAACGUUUCAUUCGGCAGCAUAAAAGCAGGUACUGAAUGUUGCCUUCGGUGUCACCUGACUCAGAUCUCUGUGCACGUAUGUACGCACACGGUUUAAUGUGGAAAGGGAAAAGGGGAAGGAGAGAGGCAGCAAAUAUGAGAAAGCUUUAAAGUGCCCUUCCGUGUUAUAAUCCUUCUACUUGUAAAUGCGGAGCUUGUUCUGCUUUUUUUUCUUUUUUUUACUACUUCUUUUUCUAUUAUUCUACAGCCGUGAGGCCAGAAAGAAGAUGUCUCUUUUUGUAAUGCUUAUUAUAAGAUAGUUCAUUUUCCUGUAUUUUCCUGUUGUGAAAGUAGUUCUCAGGCAGCUCUUUUCUACAGAGGUAUCUUGUCUUUUGCAGAUCGCUUGUGUUUCAUCAGAGCUGUGACAUAACUGAUCACAACAAGACUUUUUACAGGAAAGCUGGAGCUCUGUCUCCUUGAUGUGUACGUUUAACAGUUCUGUGAGACAGAAUUGUACUGUAGCACUACCAGGAUUAAAUUCCUGGGUAAUACCCACUGGGGUGAAGUCUGCGAUUGUAGUACCAGGAGGCAGACAGAGAUGACCUUUGGAAUGAUGCAGCACUUGGAGAAGCACUGAUGGACUUCUGUGGGCAAGUGCAGAGAAAGAUGUACAGAAAUGGGUGUUCUGUGUCCUACAGAUGUGGGUGGUGGGAGAUGCGAGGCUGGAGGCCUUGGAGAAAGGAGCAGGAGGGGGAUAGGCAUAGCCAGACCAGGAGAGGAUCUUAAUGAAAAACACUUGGCUGUCCUGGGAACUUUAUGUCAUUAUGUUAUAUUUAAAAACAGGCGGAAAAAAAAAAAAAAUUAAAACAAAACAACCUCACCACCUAUUCUGAAAGAUGGGGAUAAACUUUUACCAAGUUACUCUUUUCGUAAGCUUUGUAGUGCUGGUUAUCUUUUGUUUGCUGAACUGUCACAAAAUACUUGCUCUAAUCAGUGUGUCAUGAUUAUGAUCCUAAUGAGGUCCCUAGCUUCACAGCCCAAAAGGGCCCAGCACAAAUGAGCAUUGCUAUAUCUGAAUGUUGUGGUUAUUUGCAUUGAAAUAAAAUGUUUAUUGAAUGUU